AUGCUGCUCCGCGCUAUACUACCGUUCCUUUCUUUCGUCCCUGCAGCGUUCGCUGCGUGGGGUUACAGCGACGAUGGCUCUAAUUAUGUGAUCGAUACAGGGGCCUCUCUUGUCGUGAAAGUUAGCAAGUCGAACGGUGACAUGACAUCGAUCGUCUACAACAGUGUUCAAUACAACGGACAAAGCGGAAAAAACAGCCAGGUCGAAUCAGGUCUCGGGAGCAGCACGGUUUCGAUUUCGCAGUACUCAAGCCCGGCGGCGAUCAAGGUGUCCGUCGUUCACGGCACGCUGAAACAUUGGCUCGUGUUCCGCCAAAACCUGCCCCAUGUGUACAUCUUUGUGAACAAGAAGGACGACAGCGUUACGGUGCAACGAUACAUCGUACGUAUUCCGGACGGCAUAUUCACUAGGCAAAGUACCGAUACCGACUGGAUCCCUGAUGGCGCAGCUACGAUUGAAUCUGGCGAUGUCAACGGUGACUCCGACGGAUAUACUUACAGCAAACACUACACUGGACUCAAGUACGGUCGCACGGUCGACUACGAUUACGUUGGAUACACCAAGUCGGGUGUGGGUGCUUUCAUGAUCCGAUGCAACCGUGAGAAAGCUUCUGGUGGACCGUUCUUUCGUUCGCUUCAACGACGAGGUGGUGGCGGUGUCGAUCUAUAUGACAUCUACUGGUACAGCAUGGGUCACACUGAUCCUAUGCGUUAUGGUCUUCAUGGUUAUAGCACACUUGCAUUCACGACCGGAAGCGCUCCCGAUUCGAGUCUCUUUGCAAGGAACACCGACACCACUUGGGUGAACAAUCUCGGCAUUGAUGGCUGGGUUCCUAUCUCCGGGCGCGGUUCAGUUGCCGCAGUGGGGAUCAAGAACAUGAAGUCAGGCUUCCAGUAUGUCGCCGGUUUAAGCAACACCGAUGCGCAAUACUGGAGCGUUGCCGACAGCAGCUCUGGCUACUUCAAGAUCAAAGACGUUCUUCCCGGUACCUACACACUCACAAUCUACAAAGGCGAGCUUGAGGUUGCGACACAGUCAGUGACUGUAACGGCAGGCAAUGCCCUUGCCUUAAACAGCGUUACCGCUAGUGACCCGCAAGAUACCACCGCUAUCUGGAGGAUCGGUGAUUGGGAUGGGACUCCUAAAGGCUUCCUCAACUUCGAAGAUACGCCCAUGAAGCCGACGUAUAUGCAUCCCUCGGACACUCGCCUCAAGUCCUGGAAUCCUGCAAACUUCAUUGUGGGCACGACAGCUACUAAUGGGUUUCCCGGCUAUCUCUGGCAGGACAUCAACAACGACCACCUCAUCUACUUCCGUCUCACCGCCGCGCAAAUCGCGGCCUCCGCUACGCUCCGCAUCGGCAUGACAGAAGGCUUUAUUGGCGGUCGCCCCAUGGUUAGCGUCAACUCGUGGACGCCUUCCCUCACGCCCGCGCAGAGCCAGGGUAGCACACGCAGCUUGACGGUUGGGACUUACAGAGGGAACAAUAAGAUGUUGACGUGGACGGUUCCGGCGAGUGCGUGGUUGACGGGUACGAGUGAUUGGCAGAUAUUGAAGUUGAGCGUUAUUACAGGCAGCACGGGUAGCGGCUAUCUGAGCGGUGGGGUUUCGAUUGAUGCUAUUGAUUUGAUCUAG